GAGGUGAGGCUGCCUGGUCUUGCUGCCAAAUCCAGGCAGGAAAACCCUCCUGGUGGUGGGUGGCAAAGGGGGCUCAGCACCCCAGGUGUGGUGACAGUGGCUUCUCCUCCCUGACCUGUCCGCAGGGGCCACCGCGCCUACCUGAGCAGUGCCCCCCACUAUGACUUCCCACGGUACCGGCAGCUGGUGCACGAGGUCACCGUGGCCUUCAGUGGCAUCUCCCGGGAGGUGCUGGACAUCACCGGGCGCCUGCGGGACGAGCUCGGCCGCCCCGACCUGGCCCAGCACCUGGCCCGGCUCCAGGAGCGGGAGCAGGAGAAGCUGCAGCUGACGGCGCAGCUGCAGCUGGCCCGGCAGCAGGCACAGGACCAGCCCGAGGUGGACGCCCAUCAGCAGGAGGUGCAGGAGCUCAAGCACAAGCUAAUUAAAACCAUUGAGGCAAUCAGCGAAAUUCUCCAGGACCUUAAGUACGAUUCGGAAGAAGUUGAGUGAUGGGUGUCCCCGUGGGAACGGCUGGAGGGGCCGGGCUGGUGGAACGGGGGCCCCGCUCAUCCCCCACCCGCUCCCGGUGCACCUUGGCAAGGUGGGCAUUGUCCUCUGAGCCCCUUUUGUGCAGCACAGGCUGGAAGGGGUGGGGAAACCCCCUCUGGGACAAGGUGGGGGUCCCCCUAAAUCCUGAGAGGGGUCUGGUGUGGGGCUGGUUCCCCUCCCUGUUGUGCCGGAGCUGUGCCAAAGGCAAUCCACACCCUGCAGUGCCAAGGGGCUGCCAAACUUCGGCCCUCAUCGUGGUGGGCUCUGUCCCUGCUGCCAGCUGGGGUCCCGUGGGGCAACAGCCACCCCAAAACCACAUCUUGGAGCCUGGCUGUGCCCCCAGCCCCACUGCAGCUCCCGUGCUCCACAGCUGCUUUUUCUAUGGUCACCCCAAAUAAACCUGUCCCCACGGA